CCCGAGAGAGAAGCAGGCGCCUCCGGUUUCCAUGCGCACAAGAGGACGCAGUCCAUCCCAAAUCCUGAGAUAACUCGUACCGAGGAGGAGGGCGGAACCGUUUAACCGACACAACUGACAGGGCUGGAAGCCGACGCAGCCAUGGAACUGUCCGAGGUUCGGUGCUCGAGCGCGAGCGAGGAGCUGUACACCAUCAACCGGACUCCGAGCAGCAGCAACAACAGCAACAGCAGCGGCAGCGCGCGCCCGAAGCGGCUGCUGUGGCAGAACGCGGUGCGGCACAUCACCGAGCAGCGCUUCAUCCACGAGCACGGCGCCGCCAAGGCCGUGGGACCGGACGAGCCCUAUGACCCGAGCCAGGGCGCGCGGAAGCACUCGUCGGUGGGAGACCGGCACAACAACGGCGGCACCAAGGUGUUCCCGGAGCGCGCCAGCAGCGACCUGGGCUUCCUGCAGAUCGACUGCGCGCCCAGCAACUCGGACUUCUUCCUGAACUGGGGCUACACGUACCGGGGCGUCAUCUUCCCCACGCUCCGGAACGCUUUCAAGUCCCGCGAUCUGGAGCGGCUGUACCAGCGCUACUUCCUGGGCCAGAGGCGCAAAUCGGUAGUGGUGAUGAACAUCCUGGACGUGGUGACGAAGCUCACCCUGCUGGUGCUGCAUCUCACCCUGGCCUCGGCGCCGAUGGACCCCAUCAAAGGGACCCUGCUGGGCUUCUUCACGGGCAUCGAGGUGGUGAUUUGUGCCUUAGUAGUGGUGCGGAAGGACACCACGUCGCACAGCUACCUGCAGUACAGCGGCGUGGUCACCUGGGUGGACAUGGCCACGCAGAUCCUGGCCGCCGGGCUGGGCUACGGGCUCCUGGGGGACGGGGUGGGGUACGUCCUCUUCACCCUGUUCGCCACCUACAACAUGCUGCCGCUGCCGCUCACCUGGGCCAUCCUGGCCGGACUCUUCACGUCCGGACUCCACAUUAUGGUCCAGCUGCUCAUCUCCCACAAUGCACAGCUCUCCACCAACCAGGUUGCGGCUCAGGCCGUUCUGUUCCUGUGUAUGAACACUGCUGGCAUUUUCAUCAGUUACCUGUCCGACCGGGCUCAGCGUCAGGCUUUCCUGGAGACCCGACGCUGCAUUGAGGCUCGGCUACGGCUGGAGACCGAGAACCAGCGACAGGAGCGCCUGGUGCUUUCAGUGCUGCCACGUUUUGUAGUUUUGGAAAUGAUCAACGACAUGACAAAUGUAGAGGACGAACACCUCCAACAUCAGUUCCACAGAAUCUACAUCCACCGCUAUGAGAAUGUCAGCAUUCUUUUUGCAGAUGUUAAAGGCUUCACAAACCUUUCCACAACGCUGUCGGCACAGGAGCUGGUGCGAAUGUUGAAUGAACUCUUUGCACGCUUUGACCGCCUUGCACAUGAGCACCACGUCUGCGCAUUAAAGAUCCUGGGAGACUGUUACUACUGCGUGUCGGGUCUCCCGGAGCCCAGGCACGACCGCCACUGCUGCGUGGAGAUGGGUCUCAGCAUGAUCAAAACGAUCAGAUACGUGCGAUCACGUACGAAACAUGACAUUGACAUGCGGAUUGGGAUCCACUCAGGCUCGGUGCUGUGCGGCGUGCUGGGACUCAGGAAGUGGCAGUUUGAUGUCUGGUCUUGGGACGUGGACAUCGCCAACAAGCUGGAGUCCGGUGGGAUCCCUGGGCGGAUCCACAUCUCCAAAGCUGCUUUGGACUGUUUGAAUGGAGACUAUGAGGUGGAGGAGGGCCACGGGAAGGACCGUAAUGAUUUUCUCCGCCGUCAUAACAUUGAGACAUAUUUGAUCAAGCAGCCAGAGGAAAGUAUGCUCACCCUGCCGGAGGACAUCAUGAAGGAGGCAGCCAGCUCAGCGGACCGCCGGGCCAGCAGCGCCACCUUCAACGAGGCAUCCUGGAGCCCUGAGCUUCCCUUCGACAACAUUGUGGGAAAGCAGAAUACUCUGGCUGCCCUAACGAGAAAUUCGAUAAAUCUACUUCCAAACCAUCUUGCACAAGCUUUGCAUGUCCACUCUGGUCCUGAGGAAAUUAACAAGCGAAUAGAGAGCGCCAUCGACUUACGGAGUGGUGAUAAGUUGAGACGAGAGCAUAUCAAGCCUUUCUCACUGAUGUUUAAAGACUCCAGCCUGGAAGAGAAGUACUCCCAGAUGAGGGACGAAGUCUUCAAGUCCAACCUGGUCUGCGCCUUCAUCGUGCUCAUCUUCAUCACCACCAUCCAAAGCCUUCUUCCAUCUGCCAGGAUGGUAACCAUGGUGAUCCAGUUCUCAGUGCUUAUCGUCCUCCACUCCUGUCUGGUCCUAGUUACCACGGCGGAAGACUACAAAUGUCUGCCUCUGGUCCUGUGCAAGGCUUGUUGCUGGAUCAACGAGACAUAUGCUGCAAGAAAUGUCAUCGUCUUUGUCUCCAUCCUCAUCAACUUCCUGGCAGCCAUGAUCAAUAUCCUGUGGUGCGAUUUCGACAAGUCCAACACCUUCCGAAACCAGACGUACAACGAGUCGGCUUCCAUCCCAGACAUCUGCUUCUACCCAGAGUACUUUGUGUUCACGGGGGUUCUGGCUAUGGUGACGUGCGCUGUGUUCCUGCGGCUGAACUCCGUGCUGAAGCUGGCGGUGCUGCUGGUGAUGAUCGCCAUCUACUCGCUGCUGACCGAAGCAUUCUACGCCUCUCUGUUUGUUCGCUAUGACACCGUGCACCACAACACAGAAAACUUUUUGGGAACCAAAGAGACGUCUCUCCUCCUGAUGGCCAUGUUCCUCCUUGCUGUGUUUUAUCACGGACAGCAGCUGGAAUACACGGCUCGACUGGACUUUCUGUGGCGUGUUCAAGCCAAGGAGGAGAUCAAUGAAAUGAAGGAACUGCGAGAACACAACGAGAACAUGCUGCGGAACAUCCUGCCCAGCCACGUGGCCCGACACUUCUUAGAGAAGGAUCGAGACAACGAGGAGUUGUACUCGCAGUCCUAUGAUGCGGUUGGCGUGAUGUUCGCCUCCAUCCCGGGUUUCGCUGACUUCUACUCACAGACUGAGAUGAACAACCAAGGCGUUGAAUGCUUGAGGCUUCUCAAUGAAAUUAUUGCCGACUUUGAUGAGCUGCUGGGUGAAGACCGAUUCCAGGACAUAGAGAAGAUCAAGACCAUUGGUAGCACAUACAUGGCUGUCUCUGGUCUGUCACCGGAAAAGCAGCAGUGUGAAGAUAAAUGGGGUCACCUGUGUGCGUUGGCUGAUUUUGCAAUUGCCCUCAACGAGAGCAUCCAGGAGAUCAACAAACACUCUUUCAACAACUUUGAGCUAAGAAUCGGUAUGGCCCAUGGUUCUGUGGUGGCAGGUGUGAUUGGUGCCAAAAAGCCCCAGUAUGACAUUUGGGGGAAGACCGUGAACCUGGCCAGCCGGAUGGACAGCACAGGCAUAAGUGGCAAAAUCCAGGUGCCAGAGGAGACCUACCUGAUCCUGAAAGAGCGUGGCUUCGCCUUCGAGUAUCGCGGAGAAAUCUAUGUGAAGGGCAUUAGCGAGCAAGAGGGCAAAAUCCGAACGCACUUCCUGCUGGGCCGGGUGCAGCCGAACCCGCUUAUCCUGCAGCCACGGAAGAUUACCGGCCAGUACUCGCUGGCGGCCGUGGUGCUCGGCCUGGUGCAGUCACUCAACAGGCAGAAGCAAAAGCAGAUCCUCAAUGAGAACAACAACUCUGGCAUCAUGAAGGGCCACCAUCACUACAACAGGAGGACGCUGUUGGCGCCCGGUGGCUCUGAGGUGGGAGGAGGACACCAUGCCGAGGCAACAGAUAAAACAGAAUUGUCCUGAAGACCAACUGGAGUUUUCAUUCCACAGAUUUUUCUCAGCAUAAAAAAAUUAAACCUCAGUGAGGAAGGCCAACAAACCAACGUUACAUCAGCACAAGAAAUUGCUGCACAGUUUUGGCUAGCUGUCAGCUAACGAUGCAUAUUUCUAUGAUUAUUAUUGGUGUCCAGGUUUGUGAUUGAUUUCUAUGCGAUGCAGUGGAUGCACUCUGCUGUGGAAAUCUGCCUGCAGAAAGUAAAAUCUGACCAAAGUCGCUCACAUCAUCAGCUGAAUAAUGCUGCGAUGACGUCAGUGAUCGAUGAUGCUAAUCAUGCCUAUGUGGGGUUUCAUGGAAUCUCUUAGAAGCUUACUGCCGUAAGAACUUCUUGCAAAAUUUCUUGUCAUUAUUUUACUGUUAAGAUAGAGCUAAUCAUCAAAUAAAUUAUAU